UUAGAACCCAUGGGUUCUAAGAAACCCGCCUUUCCCGGGGAAGUGCAAACUUUUUCUCAUCAUGCUGGCAUUAAUGCAACAUUAGCGCUAACCUGCCAGGCUCAAGCCUAUCCAGUGCCAUUUUUUAGAUGGUACAAAUUCAUUGAAGGCACAACCCGUAAACAAGCUGUUGUAUUAAACGAUCGUGUUAAACAAGUUUCUGGUACUUUGAUCAUUAAAGAUGCUGUUGUUGAUGAUUCAGGCAAAUAUUUGUGUGUUGUUAAUAACUCUGUGGGCGGUGAAUCUGUUGAAACUGUCUUAACUGUUACUGCUCCCUUGUCUGCCAAAAUUGAUCCUCCCACACAAACUGUUGAUUUCGGACGUCCCGCUGUUUUCACCUGCCAAUAUACCGGUAAUCCCAUUAAGACCAUUAGCUGGUUAAAGGAUGGCAAAGCUAUGGGCCACAGUGAUCCCGUUUUACGCAUUGAAUCCGUAAAGAAGGAAGACAAAGGCAUGUAUCAGUGUUUCGUACGCAAUGAUCAGGAAUCGGCUGAAGCUAGUGCUGAACUGAAAUUGGGCGGCCGUUUUGAUCCCCCCGUUAUUAGACAAGCCUUCCAAGAAGAAACCAUGGAACCUGGACCAAGUGUAUUCCUAAAGUGUGUUGCUGGCGGUAAUCCUACACCUGAAAUCUCCUGGGAAUUAGAUGGCAAAAAGAUUGCGAACAAUGAUCGUUAUCAGGUUGGACAAUAUGUAACAGUUAAUGGUGAUGUUGUGUCGUAUUUGAAUAUUACAUCGGUACAUGCUAACGAUGGUGGUCUGUACAAGUGUAUUGCGAAGAGUAAAGUCGGUGUUGCUGAACAUUCGGCUAAGUUAAAUGUUUACGGUUUACCCUACAUUAGACAGAUGGAAAAGAAAGCUAUUGUUGCUGGUGAAACAUUGAUGGUUACAUGUCCCGUUGCUGGUUAUCCAAUUGAUUCGAUUGUUUGGGAAAGAGAUAACCGUGCUUUACCCAUUAACCGCAAACAAAAAGUCUUCCCCAAUGGCACCUUAAUCAUUGAAAAUGUUGAACGUAACUCCGAUCAAGCAACCUAUACCUGUGUAGCUAAAAAUGCUGAAGGUUACUCUGCACGUGGUUCAUUAGAAGUACAAGUUAUGGUUUUACCUCGCAUUAGACCUUUUACCUUUGAGGAAGGUCCUGCUCAGACGGGCCAAUAUUUAACACUAUACUGUUCAGCAUCACUUGGUGAUUUACCCCUAAAUAUAACUUGGCUCUUAAAUGAUCAAAUUGUUGAAGAAGAAGAGGAUAAUGCUAAUAGUAUGGGUAUCUCCACCAUGAUGGUGAAUAAACGUACUAGUGUUUUGACUAUAGAUUCGGUAGAUGAUCAUCAUGCCGGGAAUUAUACUUGUCUAGCUCGUAAUCGUGCUGGUUUUAAUUCCUUUACAACGGAAUUAAAUGUUUAUGUACCACCAAGAUGGAUUUUGGAACCCACCGAUAAGGCUUUCGCUCAAGGAUCAGAUGCUAAAGUUGAAUGCAAAGCUGAUGGUUUCCCCAAGCCACAAGUGACAUGGAAGAAAGCUGUGGGUAACAGUCCCGGUGAAUAUAAGGAUUUGAAGAAAAACGAUAACAUUCGCGUUGAAGAAGGCACCCUACACAUCGACAACAUUCAAAAGACUAACGAAGGCUACUAUUUGUGUGAAGCUAUUAAUGGUAUUGGCUCUGGUCUCUCGGCUGUUAUAAUGGUUAGUGUACAGGCUCCACCAGAAUUCACUGAAAAAUUGCGCAACCAAACUGCUCGUCGUGGUGAACCUGCCGUCUUACAAUGUGAAGCUAAAGGUGAAAAACCCAUUGGCAUUUUAUGGAACAUGAAUAAUAUGCGUUUGGACCCCAAGAAUGAUAAUCGUUAUACCAUUCGCGAAGAAAUUUUAUCGACCGGUGUCAUGUCUAGUCUUUCGAUUAAACGUACCGAACGUUCUGACUCUGCCUUGUUUACCUGUGUGGCCACUAAUGCCUUUGGUUCUGAUGAUGCUAGUAUCAAUAUGAUUAUCCAGGAAGUACCCGAAAUGCCUUAUGCCUUGAAAGUUUUGGACAAAUCGGGACGCUCGGUACAAUUGAGUUGGGCUCAACCCUACGAUGGAAAUUCUCCUAUUACUCGUUAUAUUAUUGAAUUCAAACGUUCUCGCGCUUCUUGGGAUGAAAUUGAUCGUGUUAUGGUUCCUGGUGAUACUACUGAAGCUCAAGUCCAAAAAUUGAACCCUGCUACUACUUACAACAUUCGCAUUGUGGCUGAAAAUACUAUUGGCACCUCUCAAUCUUCCGAAGCUGUUACUAUCAUCACCGCCGAAGAAGCUCCCUCUGGCAAGCCCCAAAAUAUCAAAGUUGAACCUGUUAAUCAGACUACUCUCCGUGUCACCUGGAAACCCCCAGCACGUUCGGAAUGGAAUGGUGAAAUUUUGGGUUACUAUGUCGGCUAUAAACUAUCGAACACUAACUCCUCGUAUGUUUUUGAAACUGUUAAUUUUGUAACCGAAGAAGGCAAAGAACAUAAUUUGGAAUUGAAUAACUUACGCGUCUAUACUCAAUACUCUGUAGUUAUCCAGGCUUUCAAUAAGAUCGGCGCUGGUCCCUUGUCUGAUGAAGAGAAACAAUUCACCGCUGAAGGCACACCCAGUCAACCACCCAGUGAUACCUCUUGCACUACCUUAACUUCUCAGACAAUUCGCGUUAGUUGGGUUAGUCCUCCCUUGGAAUCGGCCAAUGGUGUUAUCAAGACCUACAAAGUUGUCUAUGCUCCCAGUGAAGAGUGGUAUGAUGAAACCAAACGCCAUUACAAGAAGACUGCCUCCUCGGAUACCGUUUUACAUGGCUUGAAGAAAUACACCAACUAUACCAUGCAAGUUUUAGCCACCACUGCCGGAGGAGAUGGUGUACGCAGCGCUGCCAUACACUGCCAAACUGAACCAGAUGUACCUGAAGCCCCCACCGAUGUUAAGGCUCUCGUUAUGGGUCAUGCUGCCAUUUUAGUAUCAUGGCGUCCACCAGCACAACCCAACGGCAUCAUCCAACAAUACACUGUCUACACUAAAGUUGAAGGAGCCGAAGGAGAACCCAAAAGCCAGAAAGUACCCCACUAUCAAAUGAGCUACGAAGCCACCGAAUUGGAAAAGAACAAUCCCUAUGAAUUCUGGGUUACAGCCAGCACUAACAUUGGUGAAGGUCAACCCUCAAAGAGUAUUGUGGCCAUGCCCAGCGAUCAAGUACCAGCUAAAAUUGCCUCAUUCGAUGAUACAUUCACUGCCACCUUUAAGGAAGAUGCUAAAAUGCCUUGUCUCGCUGUUGGCUCACCACAACCUGAUAUAACCUGGAAAAUUAAGGGUGUUGAAUUUACCGGCAACGAUCGUAUGCGUGUUUUACCCGAUGGUUCUUUGUUAGUUAAAUCGGUGAAUAGACAAGAUGCUGGAGAUUAUACCUGUCAUGCUGAGAACCCAAUUGCUAAAGAUUCGAUUACACAUAAGUUGAUCGUAUUGGCACCACCCAUGUCACCUCAGGUUACUCUGUCUGCUACUACCACCGAUUCUUUGACUGUUAAAUUGAAGCCUCAUGAAGGUGAUACUGCUCCUCUACAUGGUUAUACUUUACACUACAAACCAGAAUUCGGUGAAUGGGAGACUGCUGAAGUUUCGGUUGAUGCUCAAAAAUACACUAUUGAAAAUCUCUUAUGUGGUUCCCGUUAUCAAGUUUAUGCUACCGGAUUUAACAACAUUGGCGCUGGUGAAGCUUCCGAUAUCUUGAACACCCGCACCAAAGGCUACAAACCUAAACUGCCAGAAAAAUCACGUUUCAUUGAAGUCUCCUCCAACUCGGUUUCAUUGCAUUUCAAGGCCUGGAAAGAUGGCGGUUGCCCCAUGUCUCACUUUGUGGUAGAAAACAAAAAACGCGAUCAAAUUGAAUGGAAUCAAAUUUCGAAUAAUGUUAAGCCCGAUAAUAACUAUGUUGUUUUGGAUUUAGAACCUGCCACCUGGUAUAAUUUACGUAUCACUGCCCACAACUCUGCUGGAUUUACUGUAGCUGAAUAUGAUUUUGCCACAUUGACGGUUACUGGCGGCACCAUUGCACCUUUGGAUGAUGGCCGAGGUUCUGGCAAUUUACAUACACGCAUACGUUUACCCGCCUGGAUGCCAGAAUGGUUAGAUUUGAACUUUAUGGUGCCUUUAAUUGCCACUGUUAUUGUGGUCUUUGUGGGUAUAUUGGUGGUAUGUGUGGCCUUGUCAAGACGUCGUUCAGAUGAUUUACGCGGUGGACAAAAGGAUGUGUAUUAUGAUGUAGUUUAUAAUCAGACAAUGGGACCUGGCGCCACCCUAGACAAGAGACGUCCCGACUUGCGUGAUGAAUUGGGCUAUAUUGCACCACCCAACCGUAAGCUGCCUCCCGUACCCGGCUCCAACUACAACACCUGUGAUCGGAUUAAGCGAGCUCGUGGUGGCAUGCGUUCAAAUCACUCAACUUGGGAUCCACGCAGACCCAAUUUAUAUGAAGAACUUAAAGCGCCACCAGUACCAGCUCAUGGUAAUCAUUAUGGUCAUAGUCAUGUGGUUAAUGAAUGUGCUUAUAGACAUCCAGGCAUGGAAGAUGAAAUUUGCCCCUACGCCACUUUCCACCUCUUGGGCUUCCGUGAAGAAAUGGAUCCUACUAAGGCAAUGAACUUCCAAACCUUCCCCCACCAAAAUGGACAUGCCCCACCCGGUCAUGCCGGCACCAUGGGACCACCCGGCCAUCCUGGACACAUGCACUCACGUUCUGGUUCUCAAUCUAUGCCACGUGCUAAUCGUUAUGCUCGUAAGAACAGCCAAGGUGGUCAAUCAUCGAUUUAUACUCCAGCUCCUGAAUAUGAUGACCCUGCUAAUUGUGCUGAAGAAGAUCAAUAUCGCCGUUAUACCCGUGUUAAUUCUCAAGGUGGUAGUUUGUACUCUGGCCCUGGUCCCGAAUAUGAUGAUCCUGCCAACUGUGCUCCCGAAGAAGAUCAAUAUGGCUCUCAAUAUGGCGGUCCCUAUGGCACACCUUAUGAUCAUUAUGGCUCACGCGGCUCCAUGGGCAGACGUAGUGUUGGUUCCACUCGCAAUCCUGGCAAUGGCUCUCCCGAACCACCACCACCUCCACCACGUAAUCAUGACAUGAGCAAUUCUUCAUUCAAUGACUCCAAGGAAAGUAACGAAAUUUCCGAAGCCGAAUGUGAUCGUGAUCAUGGACCACGUGGCAACUAUGGCGCUGUUAAAAGAUCCCCUAUGCACAAGGAUCAACGUACCACUGAAGAGAUGCGUAAAUUAAUCGAAAGUCGAAGACAUUUAAACGAAGCCGGCCCAAAACAACUCCAACAACAAAGUGGCGCAGGAUUCACAGCCUACGAUACUAUGGCAGUGUAAUUUGUAAAUUUGUGAACAACAACAACAACCAAGCAAAUGUCAUAACAAAACGACAAAUUUAAAUUCAAAACAACAUAAUCACUCAUAAUUGAGAAGGAAACAUUUUUGCAAAAAUGUUUAUAACAAAACAACACAAAAAUAUUGAGUGAAUUAAAUACGAACAAAAACUAUUUAAUAUUAAGUCAUUUAUAACUUUAAAAAAACCAAACCAAGUUUUUUUCUCUCCCUUAAAAAUCCUACACUCUGAAAAAAACCAACAACAACUUGAGGAAUGAAACCAGAAAACUUCUAAAACUAGAAGUCUUGUAAGAAAAAAACCAAAAUAUUUUCCCGAAUAAAAUGAAAAUAUUUUAAGGUUUUUUUGGUGCUUCUGAAAUUGUGCGAAAGCUAAAGAAUAAGAACAACAUUUAACGAAAAAGUAAUUUAUGCAUUUUUAAGAAAAACAACAUAUUUAAACAAAGAAUAAUUUUUUUUAAAUGUAUAAGUGUAUUUUGAUGGUAAAUAUUAUUAUAUAUAUACAUAGAUAAACAACAACAACAGAAACAAAAAGGUUAAAAAUUAAGUUAAGAAACUACCAAAAACAAAUAAUGAAAACAGAAGGGAUGAAAUAAGUAAUUCAGGAAAAGUAAUUAAAACACCACAGAAAAAAAAUAAUAGUAAUUUAAUGAUAAAAACAAGAAACAAAAAAAUAGCAUUAAAUUUGUUUAAAGUUUGUAAUCGGAAGCAGGAUAAUGAUCUUUAGGAGUUAAGAAUUUAAAUAUUUGUAAAAGCAACAUGUUGCUAAUGAUUAAUAAUGAUUUAAACAUUAAAACUGUUUAAAAAACAUUUCAAAACUUUUCAAAAACAAUCUAUUAGUGUUACUUACACAAACGAACUAUUAGCAAUAUUAUUAAAAUGUAAUGAUUUUUAGUCAAUUUCCGUGUUAGCAACAUGUUUACCAACAUUUUGUUAACGAAAAACAGAACUAAUACAUUCGUAUUAUGUUGAGCUGGAAACUUCAUUUAACAACUGUUUAAGAAGAAGCCUAUAAAGUAUGUAAUUAUUACUCUAUGAACAUCCUCAACAUGUUGCGUAGUUUGUAAAAUAUUGCUAAGCAUUUCAAGGAACUUUUUAGGGGUAGAACUUUACCUAAAAUAAACUUAAAAAUACCUUUUAUAUGGUAAAGCAUCUUUACAUUUGUUUACUGUAUCAUAAUAAAAAUGAAUUUCACUAGUAAACUUAGUUUAUUGCAACAUGUUGCUAAGUAUUUCGAAGACCUUUUUAGGGAAAAGAAGUAGGACGAAAAUGAACUUAAAACACCUUUAAUUUUGUAAUAGAAAAACUUUUCGACAGUUUAAUGUAUCUGAAUUUUGAUUCUAACUAAUAAAUUAAGAUUACAGCAACAUGUUGCUAAGCAUUUCAAAGCCCUUUUUACGCAAAAGAACUAAGACUAAAAUAAACUUUCAAAACCUUUAAUUUUAUAAACAAAAAACUUUGCUACAGUUUAAUGUAUCAGAAUUCUGAUUCUUACCAGUAAAUUUAGAUUAUGGCAACAUGUUGCUAAGCAUUUCAAAUGUCUUUUUAUUCAAAAGAACUAAGACUAAAAUAAACUUAAAACACCUUUAAUUUUGUAAUAGAAAAACUUUGCUAAAGUUUGAAAUAUCAGAAUUUUGAUUGUAAUCAGUAAAUUUAGAUUAUGGCAACAUGUUGCUAAGGAUUUCAAAGUUAAUUUCUUGGAAAAAGUACUAAGACUUAAAUGAACUUAAAAAUACCUUUAAUUUUUUCAUUUUUAGGGAAAAUAACUAAGACUAAAAUAGGUUUAAAAUAUCUAUAAUAAGGUAUUAGAACGCUGCCUAUAUUUAAAGUAUAAUUCUGUUAAUGAUUCUCAAUAGUAAAUUUCGUCAUUGCUAGAUGUUCCUAAACACUUUGAAGUUGCUCUUUUAAGCACAAUAGUUCGUAUUUAACUUUAAGAUUGUUAGUAACGACUGAAAAAACUUUUAAUACUGAUAAUUUGGCUUCAGAACUCUGCAACUGCAUACUGUUUCAUAUAGAUUAUUGCAACAUGUAGCUAAACGUAUUGAAGGUCCUUUUUUAAAUAAAAACAUUUUAAUAUUUACUUAAAGUCUAUCUGCAACAACUUUAAAAAGCUUUAGAUACUGAUUAUGUUGGUUUCAGAGCUCUGCAACUGUAUACUCUAUCAUAUUAGUUACCACAACAUGUUGCUAAACAUUUUGAAGUCCACUUUUAAAAGGAAACGAGUUUAAAAUUUAUUGAAGGUUUGUCAAUAAUGACUAAAAAAAAGCUUUUGAUACUGAUAAGUUGUUUUCAGAGCUAUGCAACUGUAUAUUCUAUCAUACAGAAUUUUGCAACAUGUUGCUAACCAUACUGAAGUUUCUUUUUUAAACAAAAACAGUUUGAAAUGUACUUUAAGUUUGUCAGUAACAAUUAAGAAAAGCUUUUGAUACUGAUAAUUUGGAUUCAGAACUCUGCAACUGUAUACUCUUUCAUAUAGAUAAUUGCAACAUGUUGCUAAAGAUAAUGAAGUUCCUUUUUUAAAGGAUAAUAGUUAGAAACUGACUUUAAGUUUAUCAGUAACGACCAAAACAGCUUUUGAUACUUAUUAUUUGAUUUUAGAACUCAACAAUUGUGUACUUUCUCUAUUGCAACAUGUUGCUAAGCAUUUUUAAGUGACAUUUUUUUAAGAAAACCAUUCAAAAUUUACUGAAAAUUUGUCAAUAAUGACUUAAGAAAGCUUUUAAUACUUGUAAUUGGAUUUAGAACUCUUCAACGGUAUGUUGUUUCAUGUUGCCAAACAUUUUUAAAUACCCUUUUUGAAAGAAAACUGCUUUAUAUGUAAGAAAAGUUUGUUUAAAACUAUAUCUUAUGAUGUAUAUAAUUUGAUGACAGAACUCUGCAACAUGUUGUUAAGUAUUUCUAAAGAAACAAGUUGCUAAACAAACAUUGUUAAAUCUUAUAAAGAAGAAACUUUCUUUUAACGAUUUGAAGCUAGUUUUCUAUAGAAAAUAUUGAAGAAAAAAUUUAAAUUCUUUUCCCCUAAAGAUCAUUAGCUCCGCCAACCUCCGAUAACUUUAUUGAACAAAUAUUUUUGUUUAGUUUUAUUAAAACACAAAAACUCACAGCACAAAUCAUAAAUUUUUCUAAAAAAACAAGACACAAACAAACUAAACGAUGACUAAUACGAUAACGACGUCGAGGACAAGGACCCUUACAGGAGUUUGAUUUUUAACUUUAGGAAUCUCAUUAUAUAUAUCUUUCAAAAAACAUUUUAAAAAACUUUAAUAAGUUAAAUUAACAAAAAAAAAAGUCAUUAAAUAAUUUGCCAUUAUUUUCAAAAAAUAUUAUUAUUAUUUUCUAAGUUGCAAUUAAUUAUAAGUUUUUAAAAUUAUGAUUUUAAUGAUUAAAAUGAAUCCUAUUAAUAUUUACACUGAAAGAAAAAAUCAAGCAAAAAGUAUACUUUUUUUAUAUAAAAGAGAAAAUAAAGAAAUGUGUGAUGUUUAUGGUAGUCAUUUUUAUUAUAAUUUAAGUUAUAAUUUGGAUAAGUGAAAAAAAGGAAAGCAAGAAACAUGUUGCCAGACAUUUAUAAUGGCAACUUGUUGAUAAACAUUUUGACUAAGAAUAACAAUUGCUGAGAAAAAGAUAAGCUUUCAAUUUAUCAAGUUUUUUUGGUAAUAAUUUUGAUUAAAGAAUGACUUUUGCUAAGAAAAUAUAUCUCUAGCAACAUGUUUAUAAACAUUUAAGGUCAACUUUCAAGUAUCUUUAUAUUGUAAGAAAAUGUCACUUUUAUCUAGAUUUAACUAAAGUUUAUUUUUACUUUAAUAUUUUUUUCUUUAAAUUUUAAUUUAAAAUAGUGCUUCCUCUCUUUUUCUCUUCUUUUUUUUUACACUUAAACAUCACUUUCAUUUUGU